AUAUUCACAAAGUAAUAACGUUGUGUAUUAUUACGCAAGAUAUAUAAACUAAGAAUUAUCGUUAAUUGUUGUGAACGGCUGGGGAAUAAAUUGUCCAACGCAUUUAUCUGUUUUAGUUUAGUCUCCGUGUUAUCGUAGGAUGACUUGCGUCGAUCUGAAAACCGCUGUGCGGAGCGCGCUUUCAAUAUCCGACGACCAGAUAUUUAAUUUUACGUUAAAGAAAUCAAAAUUUGGUGACGACAUCUUAUUAUUAGAUACUGAAAAUAGUACAAUUCAAAACAAAUAUGUUGCAGUUCCCACCAUCAUCGGCAUAGAGAAUAAGCUUAAAGGUCAGAAAAUUGAAAACGAUAAAAUUCUUCUCCCGUUAUUCGUCUUCCAGUACACCAACAACCAAAAAUACGCCGUAUUUGAUACAGGGGAUUUACACAAUUAUAGUGCGGUAGAGAAGAACAAUAUCGAACAUUUCGAGAUUAUUUUCGAAACUUUAGCCGAAUACCAAGCUUCUUACUUAACUUCAAACAAAGAGGAACCGUUAAAUAUAAAUUUUGACGUUACAGCCCUAUUUGACAAGGUAACCAACUUACAGCAGUUAAAAAAUUUCGAUACAGAUACAGAUACAUUAAAAAAUACGAAAAUACGUUUGCAAGCUUACAUAAAUAAGUUCUAUGAGGAUAAACUACUUGUCAGGAGCGUAGGGUGUCCUACAGGCAACAAUUUAUUUGUAAAUUUAGAGAAUAAGAGCAGUGUCAUAUUGUUGAAUUCCGAGGAAAGGCUUGUUCCCCCCGUCUACGAUGCAUUGAUGUAUAUUUUCACAUUCAGCGAUGAAAGAUUUCGCCAAAAACAUUUUGCUAAAUUAAUUAGAAAAUACUUCGACGCUUUUGCAUACUAUUUACAUCAGUUAAACUCAGAAGCUUAUAGUAUUACCAGAGAAUAUAUUGAUAUAACCGUAAGAGUAUUGCUUCCAAUCGUCAAAUUUCAGAUAAUCAUCGAAUCAUCUGCAUCUGAAGAACUAAUUUCCAAUGCCUUACGAUUUCUGAAAUAUCCGUUAAUAAAUCAAGAAGAUGUCUAUGAGGUUAUUGAAAACAAAUUAAAAUCUACCGAAUACGAUUUUAUAGAUUAUGAAAUGACAAAUAUGAACGUAAAAAGUGGUCAUCUCGGACAGUAUUUUAACAUAGAUAUUCAAAUCAUCAACCAAGGUAAACCAACACAUUUGACAUUUUUUGCCAAGGUCAUAAUUCCACCCACCGAAUUUUUGAAAGAAAUAGUUGAAGGCGGACCGUCUGAAAAAGAGGACUUCUUUUAUAUCACCUUGAUGUCGUUGUUUCGAGAACACGGGCUGGAAGAAUUACUCGAUUUUGCUCCGAAGUGUUACUUGAGUAGAGUUAAAUGGAUGAUAGUGCUCGAUCAUUUGGGUAACAAUGGAUUUGUUACCUUGAAACUAAACCAAACACUUGAUAUUGAUGGUUUAAAACACGUAGUGGCACAAUUGGCCAAACUUGCCGCUGUUACAUUAAUACUGGAAGAAAAUUUAUCACGUGAAGAAGGCAAACAUGUUAGAAUAAAUGAAAUAUAUCCAAAAUUCGAAGAAACACUUUGUAUCUACGGAGAGGAAAGCCCUAUCAAAAAAAUGGUCGAUAAAAAUAGAGAUUCCCUGCAUUAUCUCAUAGAACUUUUACCAGAAGCUACCGCCCAGCUUAAUCUACCCCUAGAAGAAAAGAUCAAAAAAUUUGAUGAAGUAUUUAUGUCAGUCUUUCCAAGGAUACUCACUUCUGACGUGUUCAGAAACGCAAUUGCUCACGGUGACAUGCAUUUAGGGAAUAUGCUAUUUAAUCAGCAAAAGGACGGUUCUAUCUCUGAAUCUAAGCUAGUAGACUUUCAAAUUCUUCGUUAUAUACCUCCAGCCUUUGAUAUGCUAGUUUUUAUUCACAUGAAUUCUUCCAGAGAAAUUAGACUUAAACACUAUGACGACCUUGUUGAAGGAUUUUAUCGGGAUAUUGCUAAAUACCUGGUUAAAUUUGGACAUGAUCCAGAAAAUGCUUUUCCAAAAGACGCUUUUUAUGAAAGUAUAAAAUAUGUGCGGCCCGCUUGUUUGUCAAUGGCUUUUGUGUAUAGUUACAUGAUGAAAGUCGAUCCAGAGAUAAGAGAAUAUCUGUUUCUGGACCAGGAGAAGUUCACAUACUAUUAUGAAAAUAACAACAGAGAACUUAUAGAUUUAGUUUGGACAGGUACAUGUUUUCAAGAAGGCAUAACAAGUAUCCUUCAAGAUAUUGCAGACUAUAUAAUAGAAACAAAUAUGUAAAUGAUUUUUUUACGAUGUAAUUAUGA